AUGAACUUAUUGCUUACAAGUUACAAUGUUGCAGGUGCGUUCAUGGAUGCCAUCAGUAACAUGGAUUUUGAGUUUGUUGCUUCUAGACAUUAUGCAAAAGUUAUUCACCACCUUACAGAUGAAACCAAUGAGCUUUUAUUUCUUCAGCUGUCAAAGGAUACGGUGAAGGAUCAGACCUACUUUCUUUCAUGUCUCUCACAAGCUCAGCUUAAAAGACUAGUGCUUCCUCUUGGAUGUAUUCCAAAAUUUGCAUAUAGAAGAAAAGAUGGUAUUGGCAUCGUCCAAUUACCUGAAGAUGAUCAGGGUCUCGCAACUGGCCCAUUUGCAGCUUUUUAUCAACAAGAGCUUUGUGUGGGGUCAGGGGUAAUUUUGGAAUCAUGGGAUGAUGCUAAGGGGUUUCCUGUUUCUGUUUCUGACAAGGCUCGUCAUAUUGCAAAAAUGGAAGAUAAAUCUAAGCUAGGUAAACCCGUCAAGAUCAAACCAAAACCUUAA